AUGGAGCCGCGCGCUCCUCCCCGACUGUCUGUCUCGUCGCCCCGACGUGAGUCCGGGGCAACUGUGCCGUCUCACUCCCCGUCAACGCUUCUGUCUUGUGCGAGUUCCGAGACUGCGACUGAGAAGAGACGCAGGUGGACCGGCGUCCUCUCCGUGUUUGGAGGCGUCCUCGUACACGUCUGUCUCGGCACCGUGUACACCUGGGGCACACUUGCGGUGUACGUGGUCAGUUACAUGCGCCUUUUACAAAUUCAGAGCCUCCAAGCUACAAGCGACGCGUCGACUCUGCUGGAACGAACCUCGGAGGAAGACGGUUCUUCUCUCUCGGUCUUCGCCUUCGCCUCUGCUCCCUCCCUCGUGCGUCUCAGCGACUCUGCGUGGGUCCUCGCGAGCCAGUUCGCCGGGAUGACCCUUGGCAUGCCGCUUGGUGGGAUUGCUCAGAAAACUCUGGGGCCUUGUCGAACAGUUAUUCUCGGAGGCGCGCUGAUGAGUUUGGCUGUUGGCAUGGCGCCCGUUUUACUGCAUUCCUAUGCGCUCUUCGUCACGGUCUUCGGGGUGAUUCAAGGAGUGGGCCUCGGUCUCGCAUACACCGCGCCGCUGCUCUGUGGACUCGCUUGGUUCCCCGAAAAAAAAGGAAUUGUGAGUGGCGCAAUCACGGCAGGAUUUGGAACAGGCGCACUUUUGUUUUCGCCUUUACAAGCUGCAUUUUUGAAUCCUCUAAGCAUCGCCCCCUCUCAGGCUCCGUACGCGUCUCACCCCGCAGAGCUGUACUACGACGUCUCUGACUCUGAUCAACUUGAAAUCCUUUUGCGAGUUCCGCGUCUCUUUCGACUUCUCGCCGUCUGCUACCUCCUCCUCGUGUCCGCCGGUGCGGCGCUCCUUCGCGUACCCGCCGCUUCACCGGGUGUCCGUACACCCGGCGCGUCGGCUUGCGUCUUCGACGAGGAAGCCGCGUUAGUCAAGAGCCUAGAACGGGAAGAAGUGCGAGACGAAACGCGAGAAGAAGCGCGCGCGACUGUGUCUGUCAGGACGGCGCUCGGGUCUUGGACUUUCUGGAGUCUGUGGACUCUCUUUUUCCUGAACGGCCUAGCAAUUUGCUUCACCGCCUCCUUUUGGCGCCUCCUUGCGGUGGACCGAAACACACGAGCGUACAUCCUCACUGAGACGCAACUCGCUCUCGUCGGCGCAGCAGCCAGCGCAUGCAACGCCGUCGGCAGGCUCGCCUGGGGACACCUCGCCGACAAACGAGGCUUCCAAACUUCUCUCAUGGGUCUUAGCGCGCUGUGGAGUCUCUUGCUCUUCUUCCUCCCGAACGCUGCACCGAAAGGAGGCUUGUGUUACGCGUUGGCGGUUUCGGGGAGUUUCUUUUGUCUCGGGGGAAACUUCUCGGUUUUCCCUUCGGCGGUUGCCUCGGUCUUCGGUCCAGAUGCGAUCGGUCACCUCUACGGUUUUAUCUUCGGCUCCCAGCUCGCUUCGUCUCUCGGCUUCGCUUACCUCACUCAGCGAGUGGCGCAAACGAUCGGCACAGACGGCCUGAGCACGCUCAUGGGCCUCUGCACAGCACUAACCGCCAUGUCCGUUUUCUGCCUUCCUGCCCUUUCUCCGACACCCAGGAAACGACACUCUUUUCAGAAACAGUCAUGA